AAGAAUGCGAGAGAAGGAGCCGGACCCUUGUCCCGGUCCCGGGUCGAUGUGAACGAAUCCAUGACUUCAAGUUUCGUCGCCGAGUCUCGAUGAGCCAAAUCAGUAAUGUCGUUCUAAAACAUCGAGAACGAAAAUAAAACAAUCCCCAACGCCAAACGGCACGUUUUUUCUUGUGAAUUCGGUCAAGUUUCUCACUCACUCGGACUCGCUCCAUGACCCCGCCCAGAAGAUCCUCGUCUUCUGCUUCUGCUUCUGCUGCUGCAGCAUCCUCAACAGAGAAAUUCCAUGUUUUCGAAUUUAACGAAGAGGAUGCGUGUAUCGAGAUGGCGUCCGAGCGUAUUUUGGGCAAGUUCGCGAACCCUAAGAAGAAUCGCGGUUCCCCCAUUACCAAGUAUACGUUCCUUCAAGUUUUUGCACAAGGCCCCAAGAGCCUGCAUAAGGAUAUUAGCAGUGAUCCAAUUGAUUUAGAUGCCGAAGAAGCACAUGAAAUUGCCCAAGAAUUGAAUUCUUCACUGGAGGACAGUAGAAGCAAGCCAUUAGAGGCUGGGAGUUGUGGUAUGGAUCAUAAAUGUGCACAGGACAAUUCAUGCUCAGUUGAUGCAUCACUACAAGAGAAUACUGCAAAAGAGAUGUCUAGCUUGGAUGGUUUUCAGAAAAGCAACCUUGAAUUUGGAAAUGAUUCACAUGAUUUAAUUUGCAAUGAUGAUAUAAGUAGUCAAAUGAGUGCUUCAUCAACUUCAACUUCAACUUCGACUUCAGAAGACAUUGAAGUUUUCUUUGAAGGCAAGUUAAUGGAUUAUGUCUCUGCAGCUUUUGAAAUUAAUGGCGAGAAAAAGGUGGUUGAUGUCAACCCCGAUUUUAUUCUGUAUGGGGAUAUAUAUUCCACCGACUCUCGGUUAACAUUCUCUUGCAGCUCUGUCAAACUUGAAGGCUCAGCUGUCAAUGGAAGUGGAGAAACUUAUAAAUUUGAGUGGUCAAUUGACAAUGUCAUAAAAAUCGUGUCCUGUUGGUGUGAACAGGUUGAAACAGCCAUGAUCAACCUUUUCCUUACAUCAGAAGAUUCUAGAGAAGCUGGAAAUGAAAAUCACAAUCAAGGAUUUAAGGAGCUGAAAUUUGCAGUUUAUGAUCCCUGCUGGUCUAAAUUAGAAGAGGCGGUAAAAUCAUUGGAUGUGAGAUAUGCUGAUAUAUGGAAUGAUAUUUUUGACCUCGAUACAGAUAAUGAAAAAAAUUCUCAAUUUGGCCAGAAUAGCCAUGUCUCUCAGAUGCGUUAUCUUCCCAUUUUUGAUGAGACUUUUGAUGAGAUUAUAUAUCCAAAGGGGGAUGCUGAUGCUGUUUCUCUUAGUAAGAGAGAUAUUGAGCUUCUACAGCCAGAGACCUUCAUUAACGAUAACAUCAUUGAUUUUUAUAUCAAGUAUUUGAAAAAUAAAAUCCCUCCCAAUGAGCAGAACAGGUUUCACUUUUUCAAUUGCUUCUUCUUUCGGAAGCUUGCUGAUCUAGACAAAGAUCCACCAAGUGCUUGUGAUGGUAAGGCAGCAUUUCAACGCGUUCGGAAAUGGACAAGGAAAGUGAACCUUUUUGAAAAGGACUGUAUUUUUGUUCCUAUAAACUAUAGCCUUCACUGGAGUUUGAUUGUCAUCUGUCAUCCUGGUGAAGUGGCAUGUUUCCAAGAUGAAGAAAUUAAGGAAUCUUCAAAGGUACCUUGCAUCUUGCACAUGGAUUCCUUAAGAGGGAGUCACAAGGGUCUCAAAAAUGUGUUCCAAAGUUACCUAUGUGAAGAAUGGAAAGAGAGGCACCGUGAUAUGGUGGAUGAUGUUUCUUCGAAAUUCUUACAUUUGCGAUUUGUCUCACUAGAGCUUCCACAGCAGGAAAACUUAUACGACUGUGGUCUCUUUCUGCUUCAUUAUGUGGAACGUUUCCUCAAUGAAGCUCCCAUCAACUUUAACCCUUUUAAGAUCACAAAGUUCUCUGACUUGAGCAAGUGGUUCCCUCCGGUAGAGGCUUCUCUGAAACGAGCUCAUAUUCAGGAGCUAAUUUAUGAUGUCUUCCAAGAUAAUUCUCCUAAAGUCCUCCCAAAUGAUUGCAUUAGCAAAAGUUCUCUCUCAGAGGACAAAAUGGAAGCUGGUACUUUUGGUGGGAGUUGUCAUCUGACAUUAUGCGGAGGGAAUUCUUUCUUUUCUGCUAAACAGGGGACAAAUAUUCGGUUCUCUGUAGCUUCCCCUACAAGAGUCGUGUCAAGUAUUAGAGAGCGAGAAAUUUUUUCCAUGGACUUGCAAGGAACAGUUGGAGAUUCAUCUUCUGCAAAUUUUCAGCGGGUUAUAACUUGUCAUCAAAGGGGCUUCAUGUCACCCAUUGAGGAAAUUGAUGAGGAUGAUGAAGAAACAACGGUAUCACCGUUAUUGAUGGAAGAUUCUCAACUUGCCUUGUCCACAUCUGACUUCCCGUCCACAUCAUAUUUGAGAUCAUCAGAAGCAUCAUUGCAGGGAUUCUCCAUGAACUUUAAAGACGCCAAUGACGCACAUUCACAUGCGCCCUGGAAUACAUUAGAGACAGAAACUCAAGAAAACUGCCCCCAGGAGAAAACUGAAGGGUCUAACCCUUCUGACAAGAAUGACAUGCUUGAGCAAUGUUCUUCAGCCUCCAGUGAAGAACUUGCAGACUGUAUUGUUCAGGAUUCUCAAGAGGCAAAUGACAUGGAAGAUGAUGUAGUUGCAAGUGUUAAAUCUCCUUCCUCUUUGGAGGUAAAUGGUAAUCCAUGUGAGACCAUCAAUCUUGAAGAUGAUGAAUCAGUUUGCAAGACACAGCCACCAGCUUGUGAGUCUGGUGAACGAGAUGCCAAGAGGAGAAGGCUUGUGGACAGUGAAGGUGAAAAGCCAAUCACAAGAAGCCUUUUCAAAGGAUCUUGCUUAAUGUCAAUGUGAAUAGUGUUAAAAACAGGCUUUUUUUGUUUACUAUGAUGCAAAAAUGUUAAUAUGUCACAGUAGAAGUACCAGAAAAAAAAAAGGGUAGAAACCCCAAUACAGAUUGCACGGAGAGAUAGGAAGAAAAGGAAUGGAGGAGAUUAAAGGGCUUUUUGUCAUGUCAAAACUUGUCCAUGGUUAGUAUAUAUAACAGUAAUAGGCUUCUAUUUCUCCUGGUACAAAGGCUAGUGAUUAUAACCAACCAUUUUGUUUUCAACUUUAUCAUUCUCACCAGUAAGAGCUAGUCAUGCUUAUAGUUCUUUUUCCAAAUACAAAGGCUAUUGGGAUUUUUUUUUUUAUA